UGUGUGUGUGUGAGACUGUGUGUGUGUGUGUGUGUCCUAUUUAAAACAGGUGUCAGCAGAAGUCAUGGCUGGCCUAUUGUCCACAUGAAAGUGAAGGUUUCAACAUCUUUCCACAGGUCAACAGCAGUGCAUUUAAAACCAGUGGAGCGUGUAUAACACAUCCAUACAAUUCAGUCAAAUAGAGAAGUUGGAGAGAGUAAAGACAGGUUUACUUUUCACACAAAGCUGAAGAAAGUGGGAUACGUCCAUAUAGUUGCACCUGUAGAUGGGUGUGGAGAAACUCAGGAUCUGCCUAUAAAGCACUGUGGCUUCUUACUUGUGUAUAGUUACAUGAGUAAACCAAUGCCACGAUGCUGACUUUUAUCCAGCUGAUGAUUUUGCUUCUUUGGACGAGCGUUAGCUCAGCUGAUGCAGAGAAACUUUUCCACAAUCGGGAUCAUUCUGAUGUGCAGCCCUUUAAUUCUCACCAAGCUGAGGUUAUAACAGACAAGUACACAGCAGAGUUAUUUCUCUCUAGAUAUGGAUUCAUUAAGCCGGUGAACUGGGAGGAGAUCCAGUUUGAAGAUUCAGACGCCUCUUUUAAUGACGACUUCCUGGAUGAUCUUCAAGACACGAUCCAAGAAGGAACAUCAAUGCAUCACUCAAGGGAUGGUCCUCAGGAUGGGGAACAUGAUGACCACAACAGUGUAACUGAGAGCCAAGCAUUUAUUUCAGCACUUAAAGAGUUUCAGACAGUAUCAGGCCUGCCUGCCACAGGUGUGUUUGAUGAGGCCACCAAGGCGGCAAUGAACAAACCGAGGUGUGGAGUCCCUGACAAGGAGAUUAACCUGGACACCCCUGUAGCACCUGAGAACAGCAGUGCCUCAGAUACUGAAAACACUUUCAGUGACACUUUCAGUGAGACUGAUAGUAACAACACAAUCAGUGACUCUUCUUUUGGUACUGCUAACUCCUCUGAAGACGACAUAUUCAAUGUUAAUGACACAGAAAGUGUUUCCAAUGACACCAGCAUGAAUUACACAGACUUGAACUUAAUUGAUCACAUUUUAAACAACACUUCUCUAAACAGCUCACAUGAUAUCAAAAUGGACAGUCAAAUGGUAAAUAUCAGCGUGAACGCCCAUCAGAGCGAAGCAGUGCGACGCAGGAAACGUCACCUCGCCACUCUUGUGUCCAAAAGCAGGCACAAGAGAGAUUUGAGUGAAACAGGUUACAUGGCCUUUUCUAAGAAGAUGUUGAAAUGGAGGCUGAUAGGAGAAGGCUACAGCAGUCAGUUGUCCAUUGAAGACCAGAGGUACAUCUUCAGACUGGCCUUCAGGAUGUGGAGUGAAGUGUCUCCGCUGGAGUUUGCGGAGGAUACACGUUCCCCACUGGAGGAUGUUGAUAUCAGGUUAGGCUUUGGCACAGGAAGGCAUCUGGGUUGCAAUCAGAGAUUUGAUGGCACUGGUCAAGAAUUUGCCCACGCCUGGUUCCUGGGUGAUAUACACUUCGAUGACGACGAACAUUUUACUGCUCCCAAUGCUGGCAGUGGGAUCAGCCUUCUCAAAGUAGCAGUUCAUGAGAUCGGCCAUGUUUUGGGUCUCCCCCACUCAUACAGAGCUGGCUCGAUAAUGCAGCCCAGCUAUCUGCCCCAGGAGUCAGGCUUUGAAAUGGACUGGAUGGACAGGAAGGCCAUACAGCAGCUCUAUGGAGGAUGUAAAGGUCAAUUCAACACAGCAUUUGAUUGGAUUAGAAAGGAGAAGACACCCUAUGGGGAGGUGGUCAUCCGCUUUAACACCUAUUUCUUGCGAGACGGCUGGUACUGGCUGUAUGAGAACAGAAAUAACCGAACGCGCUAUGGAGAUCCAGUUGCACUGCAGGUUGGCUGGCGUGGAAUUCCCAUGGACGGAGUGGAUGCUUAUGUGCAUGUGUGGUCCAGAAAAAAAGAUGCUGUUUACUUCUUUAAAGGUGCUCAGUUCUGGAGGUAUGACAAUGAGAAUGAUCAGGUGUUCAGACAGGACCCUGAAGGCCACCGCUAUCCAAGGCUAAUCUCUGAGGGUUUCCCAGGGGUGUUCAGUCCCAUUGACACAGCCUUCUAUGACAGGAGGGACUCUCGCAUCUACUUCUUCAAAAACACUCUUGUGUAUGCAUUCGAUGUGGAAGCCAACAGCUUGGCAAGAGGCUUCCCCAAAAACAUCAGAGAUGUUUUCCCUCCAGUGGUGAGUGGUGACCAUCCAGAUGGCAACAUUGACGCUGCCUACUUCUCCUACACCCACAAUGCCAUCUUUCUACUCAAGGGCACCCGCUUUUGGCAGGUGGUGGGCAGCCGUGAUCGCUGGCGCCGGCCCUUUCUGCCACGAAAUGGCCUGCUGCCACACAAGGAGGUGGAUCAGCACUGGUUUGACAUCUGCAACGUUCAUCCCACUGCACUCAAGCUAACCCGCUGAGUUUGCUGAAGCAAAGAUCCAUUAAACCUUACUGAUGUGUACUGAUAUGGACUACUGAUAUUCACCUGUUGUGGUAUGUAUACAUGUUGUCAUAUGUGUGUAGACACCAAUUGUCUUCUCUUUUUUUAUAUUUAUCCAUAAUUCAAGAUCUUAGACAAAAACAACUGUUUUUCUUUUCUGUUGGCUCACUUUCAAUGAGGUGUUGUUAAUACAUCAGCUGCUCUGUCUGUCUCUCACAUAGAGGUGCCAAAUGCAUAUUGGCAUGAAAACUGUCCUAAAGGACCUUUUAUGAUUAAGAUAUUUAGAGCAUUACUGAAAAUAUACUUAUUUAUAGAAUGGUUACUUAUUCUUUAUACACCUUCAUAUUGAGAACUAUAGUGACUUCUCUUGUCGGAUAUAUUGGACCUAUAUAUUUUGAAGAAAGAUGCGUAAAAGUAUCUGUACUAUUAUGCAUGAAUAAAAAUGUAAAUGUA